GCCUAUUGGUCGAUUUCGUUACCUAUAAAGACAGAAGUUGGUCCCGCUUUGAGGACAGAGUAGUAGAUAUAUGGUUCUGUGGUUCUACUAAUGAUGGAAGUACUACUGAAAGUACUGACAACUGACAUUGACACAAUUAGGCAACCUUCAAACCAAAUCCUUCAGUGCAGAGUGCAGUGUGUAUUCUAUGAUAUUUGUUGUUAUAUUAUGACAGAUUUGUUUUAUAUUUUAUUUAUUUAUUUCAACAUUUUCAUUUUUACUAUUUUUAUUAGCAAACAGUGGAAGUGUUGGAAGGGCGAAGGGAAAUUGAUGUUUAGAAUGCCAAACGUUUUUAUUUGAUUGUCAACUAUGACAGAUGGAGAGGAGAAAAAAUAUGAGAAUGAACUAUUAGUAGAUGCUUGGGACGAUUUUCACAAUUGGAUAUACUGUAUUUGUGUGGUAACAUUUGAUUUAGAACUUGGACAGGCUCUAGAGAGUGUUUUCCCAAGACAUGUUUCACUUACAAAGCAGGAAAUCUCAAAUAUUUGCUACUUAGCUUUUCCAGAUUCCAAUUCAGGAUGCAUGGGAGAUACUAGUUUUAUCAUAAGACUGCAAAAUUGCCAAGGAAAGACAAACAUCCCUCCUGCACAUAACAAUUACAAUUCCAAAUGUGCUACAUCCUUGCAAAUAGAGCAUUCCUACUACUGGGGAUAUGUAUACUUCAGACAAGUUAAAGAUAUCACCCUGCCAAGGGGAUAUUUCCAGAAGAGUGUAGUCAUUCUCUCCUUUUUCCCAUUCAAUAACUUGUUCAGUGAGAUAUCCAGUUACAUUGCUCCUGAGUAUUUUGAUAAUGGUGAUGUAUGCCUUGAAGCUGUUUGCUACAGUAUCAGAAGUUGGCCUACACCAAAACCAGGACUACCUCUCAAUCUACCAUUACUUGGAACUGUAUUCCAGACAUACAUUCCACCAUCAAUAAACUGUUCAACUACAUCCAUAUUGGCUUUACCUAGUGAAUCUGGAGACAACCAGAUCCAAACACAUGUAGAAUUGUUGAAUUUAUUUGAAAUAUUACAACCAGUUAUAUCAUAUGUCCAUCUCUUAUGGGAACUUGUUAUGCUUUCUGAACCAAUUGUGGUAAUGGCUUCAUCUCCUGCUUAUUGUUCUUCAAUGGUUUUGGCUCUAACCAGGCUGAUAUACCCUUUGCAAUACUGUGGAGAUUAUAGACCAUAUUUCACAAUACAUGAUAGUGAAUUCAAACAAUUUACUACUAAACUCCACAGACCUCCACCUGUUAUUUUAGGAGUAACAAAUCCUUUUUUUGGUAAAACAUUGCAUCAUUGGCCUCAUACUAUAAGAUUGAGUGAUGAUAUGGGCCAAGCUCAAAAGUGUAAACUGAAAAAAACUGCUCCAACCAAAGUAAUGUGUAAUAGUCCUGGAAUCUACACUGCACAUAAAACAUUCUUGCAAAAAGACAAACAUAUAAUUAAGAAGCUCAUGAAUGGAAUUAGUUCUAAAAGACCAUUAGAAGUUCAAUCAGCUCUACUUCGAAGGCAUUUGUUAGAACUCACACAAAGUUUCAUGAUUCCAUUAGAAAGAUACCUAGCUAGCUUGAUGCCACUUCAGAAAAGUAUUUCUCCUUUCAAGGAUGCUCCUCAACCCUUGCCUUUCAACCCUGAUGCCUUUUUUGCUACUUUGGAAGUUGCAGGACCUCAACUGACAUUGAAUAACACAGGCAUAAAAGGAGAUUGGGUUGGACUAUACAGAAAAUUUUUUCGAUCUCCUAAUUUCAAAGCUUGGUUCAACAACAGAUACACAGAUCUUACACACAAGUUGCAGGCCCUGCAGUUGGAAGCCUUGUCAAAUGCGGAUUUAAAGGACUGGGUUAGAGGAAGAGAGGAAGUGCAUGUUGUUGACAUGGUGUUGAGAAUCAAGAGCAGCAUAAACAAUUGCAGAGAACACAAUAUACAAGUCAGUGAAUCAGUGAAAGAAAGACUGAAUCAUCACUUGAAUGACAUAGUCAUCUCUCUGCCUGACGAUUUGAGGAAUAUUUUGAAGAUUUCAUGAUACUGGCUCAUGACUGAAAAUUUGUAUGCAAUAAUAUAGUCAUGGUAUACUCAUUAUUCUAUCUGUCCAUGUCCAUUUGUUACUCAAUAAUGUCCAAAAUAUGUCAAAUUAUUGUCAUUUCAAAAAUUGCAAAACAAAUUUAUGGUUAUAUCAUUAUAAAGGUUGAAAGUACAAUCAUGUAUGCGAUUGCAUAAGAGUUCAGUUACAUUUGUUGUAGUGAAAUUUAGAUGUUUUACGAAUUUUUAUAACAUGUUAUGACUGAGUAUUCCUCAUCCAGUUACUUUCUUCUGAGUAUUUUUCUCUACUUAACUGACUGUUCUCAGCCUGAUGAAGAUGGUUACUUUUUUGCUGAACUGAUGAAUCUCAAAAUCCACUCACAUGACAUCAUCUUAUAGCUGGAAGUUAGAAAUCAACUUGUUUCUCAUUUGUGCGACAUUCAAGGGUUUUCAAUAAUUCUGUGCACUGCUGUUCAUUGUAAAGUGGAUAUUUCACUGCAGUAAUGUGGUUCUGAAGUCAUGUUGGUGUCGCCAAAGAUUAUAAAGGGUGUCCUGUAGGUUUAUACACAACUUUUGUCAAAAACAUGGUGUAGAGAGUUGUUUUCUUUGUUUCCUUAUACACAACUUUUGCUGGGAGGAAAAGUAUAAAUUCAGUGGUUUUUUGAAAUAUGCGCAUUUUGAGUGUUUUUGUCAA